AUGGCGUGGCAGGGCCUGGCUGCGGAGUUCUCGCAGGUGCCGGCGGUCACGCGGGCCUACACCGCGGCCUGCGUCCUCACCACGGCCGCCGUGCAGCUGGAGCUCCUGAGCCCUUUCCAGCUCUACUUCAACCCGCACCUGGUGUUCCGCAGGUUCCAGAUCUGGAGGCUGGUCACCAACUUCUUCUUCUUCGGACCCCUGGGAUUCAGCUUCUUCUUCAACAUGCUCUUUGUGUUCCGCUACUGCCGCAUGCUAGAGGAAGGCUCUUUCCGGGGCCGGACGGCUGACUUUGUCUACAUGUUUCUCUUCGGUGGCGUCCUGAUGAUUCUGCUGGGUCUCCUGGGAAGCCUGUUCUUCCUGGGCCAGGCCCUCAUGGCCAUGCUGGUGUACAUCUGGAGCCGCCGCAGCCCUCAGGUGAGGGUCAACUUCUUCGGCCUCACCUUCCAGGCGCCUUUCCUGCCCUGGGUGCUCAUGGGCUUCUCACUGCUGCUGGGCAACUCCAUCCUCGUCGACCUGUUGGGGAUUGCUGUGGGCCACAUCUACUACUUUCUGGAGGAUGUCUUCCCCAACCAGCCAGGUGGGAAGCGGCUGCUGCUGACCCCUGGCUUCUUGAAGCUGCUACUGGAUGCCCCGGAAGAGGACCCCAAUUACUUGCCUCUCCCAGAAGAGCAGCCAGAACCCCCACAGCAGUGAUCUCAACCUCUAA